AUGCAGCAGGGUACUUUGGAGCUCCAGGAGCACAGGGAAAAGCUGGUACUGCUCACUGAAGACCCAUGGCAAGACGGAGCACCAGGACAACCAGGCGGUGAUGAACAAUCCGAGGCAUUCCCUGAAGCACCAAGUGAAUCUGGACCUCCAAAAUCGCCAAGCCCAUCUGAAUCUUCAUAA